AUGAAAGCAUGGCGAUUCCACAAAGCUGUUGGAGGAGCUGAGAAGUACCUGAAAUUUGAAGACGUGACUCUUCCCACCUCGUUUCACUCACUCCCGCCGCAAUCAUCCCUCAUCAAGGUUUCCAUUGUUAGCCUUAACCCCGUCGACAUCAAGUUCGCCGAAACCCCCUUCGUUGGUCCAUACCUUCAUCCGAUGCCUGCCAUUCCGGGCCUCGACGGUGUCGGCCAUGUGGUCAAAACGACAGACAGUACUCUCCACGUGGGCCAGCUUGUCAUGUUUCGCCUACUCGAGAAGCAGCCAGAAGGGGCUUUAGCUGAGUAUGUGCUUGUUACGAGUGAGGGCUGUGUGCCAAUUCCGAGCGGCGUUUCACCAGUCCAAGCUGCGACCGUAGGCACUUGUGGCGUGACGGCAUGCCAGGCCAUCGCCCCUUUUGUCUUUAAGUACAAUUCGAUCAAGCCUGAUGGAAAAGAACCUUUCAAGGUCUUCGUGAAUGGUGGCUCAGGAGGUACUGGAACAUUUCAGAUCCAAAUCGCCAAGGCAGUUGGCUGUUACGUCGUCACGUCCUGCUCAACUCCCAACGUUGAUCUUUGCAAAUCUCUCGGAGCGGAUGAGGUCAUUGACUAUCGCCUGGGCCCUGCCGAGGACGCACUUCAAGAAAUGGUUCAAAGUGGAAGGAGUUCACCGUUUGACCUCGUUGUCGACAACGUUGAUUUGCCUUGGAGUCUGUACAAAGCAGCAACCCACUACAUGAAGCCUGGGGGAACAUAUGUCCAAAUAGGCGGCGAUGUUAGCUGGCAGGGCAUAAAAGAGCUGUUUUGCAUUAAACUACUGCCGGCUUUCUUGGGCGGUGGGCCGAGGCAGUGGGAGUUCUUGGCCAUGAAGACCAGCCGCGAGGAUGCUGAGCGUGUGCUUGGCUGGAUGCAAGAAGGGAAGAUUCGAAUACCCCUUGAUGAAGAGUUUGGCUUUCAUGAGGUACCGGAUGCAUAUAGAAGACUCAAGGCUGGAAGGACCAGAGGAAAGAUUAUUGUACACGUUUCGAAUAGCGAAUGA